UGCUGCUCCCUCUCUCCCCGCCACUGCUCGAAGCCUGGGAGAACGCUUUUGAAACCAAUCAGGAAAUUACUUAUCAAUCUGAAGCCCCACAGAGUUAUGAGUGCUCCUCGCUGCCAAAGGGAAGGGGAUUUCGAGUGAAAGCUCCACAUCUGUGCGCAGUAGAAUUCAAAGACUCCAGCUGUUGGAAGGUCUUCCGAGCAAUAGCCAAAGAUGUUUAUCUUGCUCUAUGUUACAAGUUUUGCCAUUUGUGCCAGUGGACAGCCUCGGGGUAAUCAGUUCAAAGGAGAGAGCUACUCCCCAAGAUAUAUCUGUAGCAUCCCUGGCUUACCAGGACCUCCAGGACCGCCUGGAGCAAAUGGUUCCCCAGGGCCCCAUGGUCGGAUCGGCCUUCCAGGACGAGAUGGUAGAGACGGCAGGAAAGGAGAGAAAGGUGAAAAGGGAGCUGCAGGUUUGAGAGGUAAGACUGGACCACUGGGCCUUGUUGGAGAGAAAGGGGACCAAGGAGAGACUGGGAAGAAAGGACCCAUGGGACCAGAGGGAGAAAAAGGAGAAGUAGGUCCAGUUGGGCCUCCUGGAGCAAAGGGGGACAGAGGAGAGCAAGGGGACCCAGGGCUGCCUGGAGUUUGUAGAUGCGGAAGCAUUGUGCUCAAAUCUGCCUUUUCUGUUGGCAUCACUACCAGCUACCCAGAAGAAAGGCUACCAAUUAUAUUUAACAAGGUCCUCUUCAAUGAGGGAGAGCACUACAACCCUGCCACAGGGAAGUUCAUCUGUGCCUUCCCAGGGAUCUAUUACUUUUCUUAUGAUAUCACAUUGGCAAAUAAGCAUCUGGCAAUCGGGCUCGUUCACAACGGGCAGUACAAGAUAAAGACAUUCGACGCCAACACAGGGAACCAUGACGUCGCUUCCGGGUCCACGGUCAUCUAUCUGCAGCCAGAAGAUGAAGUGUGGCUGGAGAUCUUCUUCACUGACCAGAACGGCCUCUUCUCAGACCCAGGUUGGGCAGACAGCUUGUUCUCCGGAUUUCUCCUAUAUGUUGACACAGAUUAUCUAGAUUCCAUAUCUGAAGAUGAUGAGCUGUGAUUAGGACUCAUGUCCUGAAUGUUCCAAGAUCCUUAUGGCAGACACUUUGAUUUAAUCCGGGGCCUUGGAAGGUGGAGCAAGCAGAAAUGAAAUCCAAAGAGACUCCCACUCAGAUUCCAAAGCACUUACAGAGAAUUCUAGCAGCAUCUAUUAAAGCAAUAUCAACCACCAAAUGGUUGAAAGCACACCAAAAUGAAUUCUAUAAAACAAUAACCCCAGAUAAGAAUCCUCUCGAAAGCAAUGUUCAUAAAUAUUUAAACAAAUUAAAGACAAUGUUAACAAAUUUUCUAUUAAACUCCCUGAGUGAUAAAAUCAGCUGGCAAUGAUACUGUCUCAUUAAAUCUUCAUAAAAUUGCAUAUUUGCUUGCUGUUUAAGAGAAUCAUAACACCCGAGACGAAGCCUUUAACGAUUCUCAAAAGUCAAAACUAAAGGUAAGAGAUACUGAGUAAUUUCUGGCAAGCUAAAGUGAAGCACUAAUUUCCUCUGUUUUGUUAUUUGUUCCUUCACGCUUGUGUAUGUAUUCGCUCACAACUCUUUAGUAGGCCUGUGUAACCCAGACACAGUGGUGGUGGGUCAGAUUUAAUAGUGAGUUAAAACAAAGUCUCUACCUUCAUACAGGCUGGUGUGUGAUGAGCAUACUGUCACAAUUCAGUGAGAUGAGCCCUGACAGACUGACUCGAAGCUGGAUGCACAUAGGAGCUGCUCUAUCCUGGAGAAGGGAGACAGAGAAACUUUCACACAUGGAAAAACGCUAAGCAUUCCAAGUUGUGUGUAUUUAAGGAGGUGGGAGGAAUACAAAGAAAACAUGAAUUCAGCAGCUGCAUUCACCCCAUCUCACCCUCAUAACACCACUGGUAUUUGCCAUUGGAAGGGGUAAAAAUCUAAGAGAUAGAGGGGGCCCGAGAGGAAUAAUGUAAAUGAAGAGACACAAGUUACUGAGAUCAGUCUGGAGAGCAUUCUCCUAAAUCCUUUAGCCUGUCAGUUUCCCAAGACAAUUAUUAUUCCUCUUAGCUUGUGCAAGAAUGAGGGCACUACUUUACAUUGUCAGGAGGAAUUAUUUCUUAUAGAUCUCCAAAGUAUGGAAUUCAAGUAAAGUGAAGUAUAUGUUCACUGAUUUAUCAUGUGUUGAUGGGGGUGAACGGGAGGAAGAUGAAGAGAAGCCAGAUGUCUGAACAAAUAACUGUCCCUUCCAAGCCUCACAGUUCCCACAGUCCCGCGGUCUCUCGGGGUGAGUGUCUGGUUCCCUACUGCAGCACAGUUCUUCACCAUUCCAUCCCAGUCAGGAUUCUCUCCCAUCUGCUGCCCCCUUACUCUCUUCCUUUUUGGUGGCUUCUGCUCCUCCUUCCAUGUGUUCUCUCUUGGCUCAUUUAUUUGAUAAGCUUUUUUUAUGCUUCCUCUGUGUGAGUCACCACAGGAUUCUGUGAUGGUGGAGGAACACCAAGGUGAACACGGCCCAGCCCCUGCCACCCAAUUUCCAAGGACAUGAGAAAGGAAAUGACAUGCACACACAUACACACAU